AUGUCUGUCAUUCACGCAGACAGGAGGAGGAAUAGUAGUCCCAGAAAGAAAUCUUCAACCAUCAAAACGUACCUCCUAGCCAAACCAAAAAAGAAAAACAGCACCCCCACUCCAACUUCUUCUGUAGUACCCAGAAAGUGCAAAAAAAUGAAGAUGUAUACAAGAUGUGGGCUCGAUCCCGGGUUUGAACCGGGGACCUCUCGCAAAUUUGUUCUCAGGCACACCUUGCAAGGGAAGGCUUUGGGUGAGGUCUGGGCAUUUGGGAAGAAUGGUCAUGGAUGGAAUGUGCAUGUUGGAUCUAUCCACCUGUUGAGAAGCAUGGAGGUACCAGGUCUAGCAGAGAAGCAAUAUGCCGCGGCUCUACACGCUUGCGCUCUAGCAAAGCUCUUGAGUGACGAUCUCGCGGCCUCUCCGGCUAGAAGUCGCUAUAUGCACCCUCAGGCGCCCCGACGGAAAAUGGACGACGAUGCCCCUAGUCGGAGAUCCAUCACCGACUGCGCGAGGACAGGCUGA